AUGUGUCGCGCCCGCACCGGCGGCGGUGAGGAGGACGAGGAGCCCGUGCCGGUCGCGGAUGGCUUCGAGGCGUCCAUCUUUGGCGCGCGCGUCGUCGGACAGGUCUCCACGCUGGCGCUCGAGGGCGAGGACGGCCCUCUGGCAUCGCUCAGUCGCGUUGGCAUCGCGAGCGACCACGCGGGCGCCUGGUACGUCGCGACGAAGGACUCGCUGCUGCACUCGGCGGCCGGGCGCGUGCGCCGCGUGGCAGCCUUGCCGGCAAGUGACGAAUUCUACACCAUUGCUGCCAGCCCGGACGGGAGCGCGGUGUUUGUGGCAGACUGCGACUGCAGCAACCACAAGAUCCUGCGGGUUGCGGUGGCGACUGGCGCGGUGACGACGCUCGCGGGCAGCCGCACCACGGGCAGCGCCGAUGGCGUGGGCGACGCGGCGCAGUUCUGCAACCCAAAUGGCAUCGCCAUCAGCCCAGACGGCGGCGCGCUGUUUGUGGCGGACUGCAACAACCACAAGAUCCGGCGGGUUGAGGUGGCGACUGGCGAGGUGACGACGGGCAUGGUCACCUUCCUGGUCGGCGACGACAAGGAGCGCAUCGAGCACGUGAGCAAGAACGUGCUCUGCGCCCGGUCCCCGGUCUUUCGGACCAUGUUCGGCAUCGGCAUGAAGGAGCGCGACGCCGCCGAGAUCACGGCGCCCAAGACGGACCUCGUCAGCUUCACCGCCCUCAUCGACUACCUCCUCUCCGACAAGUUCGACCUCGGCGAGGAGGAGGGCGGCAGGGCGCAGCGCGCGCUCAACCUGCGGGAGCCUGCGCAGAUGUACCAGUUCUACCGGGCACCGCCUUUGCUUGGCGUGCAGAGGCGCGCGCUGCAGUUUCUCUGA